AUGACAUCAUGUCCCAGCGCCUUUGAGAUCUUGCGUACGACACGACAACUGCCCGUAGUGGAGAAAGAGAUGUCGUUUAGUAAGCGGUCGAUAAAUGAAGCAUCCGUGUACUCUACAUCGUGUGGUGCAUGGGGCAAGAGCACACGCAAAUGGGUGACAGUGACCUCUUCUUCUUCUUCUUCUUCCACUCGUGAGUUUGGUGAUGCCAUGCCGCAAGCAUUGUGUACCGUAGUGGCAGCAUCAUAUGACGUAUUUAUGCGCACACAGACACAUCACAUCGGUGCAAAACUUAAUGUUGAAUGUGCAAGUCGAGAGUACCGUAAUGCUUUGAAGACGUGUAUUAUUGCUGUGGAAAACAGUCUGGAGAUGCAAAAAGAAGAAGGAAAGAUGAAUGCAGAAGAAGAGAGAGAGUUGAUGGAAUUACUCAAGGUUUCAUUAGCAAUCUGGCACUUGUGUGAAUUACUUUUACUUCGUGGAGGAGCGAGAGGAACAGACAAAACACUUGCGUAUGACCUUGCUCGGUGGCUACAGGAGCAUUACUGUAGUACAUUGUUGGAUAAGACAGAGAGUGAGAGUGAACGACUAAAGAAUGAGCAAAAACCUGAACAGGACACGGUAUUUUGGACCACGAUACAGUCAUUUGUGAUGAUGGGAAGUGGUCCUAGUGCCUGGAACUUAUUGGCCUCGCACUCGAGCUACAAGUCGCUGUUUUCCCGUGAUGCCAUGUCAGUGACAGGAGCAUCGAUGAAGGCAGCGUUUCAGGCAGUACAAAAGCUGUUGCUGACCAUGCCUGGAAGAAAGAAUGUGAACUUGAACCAGAAUGCACCAGAUGAGUGGAAGAACUGGAACGAUGCGUGCGAAUACUUGCUCAAUACAGACAGCCAUAUCAAGUCAAACGACGGGCUGAAGACACUGUUGCAGAUAAUGGCAGGAAAGGAAGACGUACUGAAGAGCUGUGCAACCAAUUGGUACGAACUGAUGAUGGCGCGGCUAUUCCUGGAUGAGCCAAAACCUAUCGCACACCGCUUUCAGUUUUUGAUGACCAACUGCAUUUGCGCUUACAAUAGCGAUGAGACCCGGAUGGGCAACUUUGAUUGCAUUAUACUGGCCAUCAUGGAGUAUGACAUCCAGAGCGCGUUGGAGGGUAUCAUUGGUCUUGGUUUUUCGUGGAUGGCUGCACAUUUAGCGGACCUAUUGCAUAAGAAUAAUGUGAUCGUGGCCGACGACUUGUUGCCACAAGCAGAGUGUUCUUUGCGGGAGCGGCUACUACUGGAGUAUGCCAUGGAGAUCGGUGCGAGCAGUGGCAUGUGGCAGUUUUCAGUGAGGUACUAUGAGCAUUGUCCUAAGUUUGGAGCUAUCGCGAUUCGAUCGGCGUUGGAGCGUGAACCCAUAUUAACAGACCACAAGGCUGAGCGGCUCCUUGCGUAUUGCCACGGGAGAAAGAUUUUGACACAAACUUCUAGGCGUAUUACAAUCGAGAGAGCACAGGAGUGCAAGACGAAGCAGGCGUAUGCAUCUGCGUUACAGUGGUUGUUGCGUAGCAACAGCCUCGACGACGUGGAUGCUCUAUGUGACGAAAUAUUGAAAGAGUGCAACGACAGAAACUCACGGACCCCCUUGCACGAAGCAGUGCAGUUCUUGGAGCUACACCCUGAGCUAGCGCGUCCAGAAAAGCUGGCAUGGUUGGUGCGCUACCGCGAGUUCCAUGUGGUACUGGACGAUCGCGAGUCAUUACGGACUCAGUUGAGGGGUGGCAAUUCUAUAAUUACCGAUAGCAAGGAAGAAGAUGCAAGCCUGCAAUGUAAACUUCGGUUUGUGUCUAUGGAAGCUGCCAAGCGGCUUGAUUGGCUACUUAGCUCAAUCAAUGCACCAAAGGUGCUCCAGUCGGACUUACUUCAACAAGCUGAGCGUCUGCUGAAGGAAUCUCCAACUGUAUUUGGAUCACGACACCUGUACUCAUUGAUGGCAUAUCUACAGCAAUUGGAUCGAUCAUUUGACCGCCAUCAAUUCUCCGAGUCGGGCUCAAACAAGCAACUAAAGGAGCGGAUUGAAAGCUUGAUUUCUCGAAACCUGGCACAAGCAAUGCUUCAUGAAGCUACUGCAAGUGGAUGCAGUGCCAAGACGGCAAAUGGUCAGUCAACUGCUUUGCUUCUUGCACAACAACCCUGUUUGAUUGCAGAUGCGUCUUUUUCGCCGAUGGAAGAAUGA